GGUUCAUCGUGGGUACGAAGCAGUUAACGGUCGAUGACCAUGUAUCCUACUGUCUUACACUGCUCUAUGAUGUUCUUCUUCGUGGUCUUCCUCGUCCCCGUGCCGUCGUUCGCUGAGAUACCCGACGUCGACAUCACCUACAAACACUGGGGUGAAGUGAACCUCGGAGGGCUCUUCCCAGUGCACUUCUACGAGGAGAGUGUUCAGGACUGCGGAGAACUUCGGGGUCUCGAUGCACUCAAACGUGUCGAGGCCAUGGCCUACAUGGUGCGACGUAUCAACGACAAUGAGACGCUACUUCCAAAUAUUACCCUCGGUUAUGAGAUCUAUGACACGUGUUCUUACAACGCCAUUGCCCUCAAACAAUCACUGAAGAUGAUUCCAGCUCAACGACAGCCUUCACAGUGCCUUAGCAAUGCAACGGAUCAGUCUCUACCUAUGAUUGCUGGGGUGGUCGGAGCACAGCGCAGCGCGUCCAGUCUCCAAGCCGCUAUAUUGUUUGGUCUAUACGCUAUUCCACAGGUUAGCUAUCUAUCGACUAGUGAUGAACUGAGCAAUGACGACCGAUACCCGUAUUUCUUAAGGACAGUGCCACCAGAUCGAUUCCAGGUGAAAGCGAUGGUGGAUAUCCUGCUCAAGUACAAAUGGAAGUACGUCUCAUUCAUCAACUCAGAUGACACAUAUGGGAAGAGUGCGCAGACCGAGUUCCGGUCACGUGCUGCCGAUAACGAUAUCUGCUUAGCGGUAGCUAGAACGAUACCAGCCUCAACUGAAACGUAUGAUGAGUUGAUCAGUGACUUAUUGGAUACCCAGAGUACCUCGGCCCAUUCUACUGUGGUCAUUCUCUUCGUCCAACUCGAGACCGCCCGGAAUAUCUUCACAGCUGCAGCUAAGGCUGGAGCCUAUCGUCGUUUUAUCUGGAUUGGUAGCGAUGGUUGGGGUAACUACGGUCUUGAACCUGUUCUCAACAAUGAGGAAGUCGCUUUAGGUGCCUUUACAGUUGUUCCUCUAUCGGGUCAAAACCAGGAGUAUAAUACCUACCUCAAGGCAUUGAACAUGACCAACAGCGACAAUCCAUGGUUGGAAUCCUUCAUGGAAAAAUACGGAAGGUGUGUCGUGAACAGUUCCACAGGGUGUCUUUCCUGGACUUUUAAAAAUGUCAGUGAUAUCGAUGUGAGUUCCCAUGAGACCAUUGUCAUGGACAGCGUCUUGACCUUCGCCUACGGCCUUCACGACAUGCAACUGGACAAAUGCCAAUUUCCAAACCAAGGGUUGUGCGAAAACAUGACCAAUAUGGAUGGAACCGAGAUACGGGACUACCUCCUGCGGACGUCGUUUGAAAGCCCCGUCAAUGGUCGCGUUGAGUUUCUGGACAAUGGGGACAUGGGAGGGCGCUAUGGUAUCAAGAAUCUUCAGUUUGUCGAUGGGGUGUACAAUUUCGUGGAUGUAGGGGCUUGGGUUGAUACCGACAGUGGUGAACGAUUGGUAAUAAACCAAGAUAUACCAUGGUAUAUCCAAGGGAAUUACAGUCUCUGGAACGAAGACACUGGGGUUCCACAAUCAGUGUGCAGUAAACCUUGCGACACUGGACAAAAGAGAACUGUUCUUCCAGAAAAUCCAUGUUGCUGGUCCUGCACGAAUUGCGCACCAAGCGAAAUUGUGAACCACAACGGCACCGUAUGUAGCCCUUGCGUCAUCAUGGAGCAAGACAUCUUUACCUGGCCCAAUGAGGAGAGGACGGUAUGUACAGAGCUUGAACCGGUUAUCAAUAGGGCAUGGACAACUGCUAUUGUCAUCCUAUCCUCUAUUGGACUCAUCAGCACCAUCAUCACUUUCCUAAUUUAUGUCAUGAAUCGGGAGAAACCCUUGAUUAAAGCAUCAAGUCGAGAACUGAGCUACAUCAUCUUCACUGGUCUUUUUCUUGCUUUCUUGACUGCUCUUCUCUUUGGGGUCAAUCCCUCGCCUGGUGUCUGUGCUAUCAGGAGAAUGGGAUCACCAGUGGCGUUAUCCCUCAUCUAUGUUUCCAUAGCAACUAAGACUAUACGGCUUUAUAGAAUAUUCAGAGCAGGUCUGAAGUCUGCAAGAAGACCACGUUACAUCAGCCCAACAUCUCAGGUCACGCUUUCACUCGUCAUAUGUAUCGCGCCUGUGGUGUGGUCUUCUGUUUGGUUUAUCAUCAUUCCGCCUUCAGUAGAGAUAACCAUGCCUGAUAUCAACAUCAACAAGAUUGAACUAACAUGCGCAGAAGACGAUAUUGAAGUCAUCGGCACAUUGACCUGGGAGAUUUGUCUCAUUAUAGUUUGCUGUAUAUUCGCUUUCGUUACACGGAAACUUCCAGAGAACUAUAACGAGUCUCGUUUCAUCACCUUCUGCGUGUUUAGCAGUUUAGUUGUCUUCUCUUCUUUCGCCCCACCAUUCUUCACUACAAAUGAAGCAGUUUACAAAGCUAGUUACUCGGCCCUAGGACUCAUCAUCAAUGCUACUGUCACAAUCGUCUGCCUAUUUGUCGUCAAGAUAUACGCGCUGUAUUUUGUGGACGAGCGCGAACUAAAUAUAUUCACGCAGAGCCGGACUCGUAGUAACACUAGAACCAACUCAAUGGCCAAUGUCCACAGUACAAGUGAGGGCACGGCCCCGCCGGCUAGUCCUACACGCACGGGUCCACAGGAGAACAAGGGGUUUGAGAAUGAUGUGAAGAGUCAGGAUAUAAUGGGUAACUUAAACCAUAGUAGCAAUAAUAAUAAUAAUAACCGAUCCGCUCUCCCCCCUCUCAGAAACAGCAUGAACCUUGAGCAAAAUGUCAGUAAUGACAUUGAAAAGGGGCUCUCAAGGUCGAGGAGCAGCAGCAAAAACUCAAGUGGGGGAGGCGGGAGUCUGAUGCACAGACUACGAGGCAAUUCCACGCGCGUUGGAGAUUCUGAAGUAGCGCACGCAGAACAACGGUAUGCUGACACUGGCGGCGAUAAAGGGCAAACCAAAGGCGAUUUAAACUCUGAAGUGGCCAAGGACGAGGUCAAGGGUCAAAAUAGGUCUUCUGGACACAAGUUAGCUCAGAUUAAAGGGAUGUCAGAAGAAAGUACUAGCUCACAAAGUGAUGACCAACGUGUUUUGCUGAGUGUGAAAAGACACAAAGGAAUUGUUUCAUGACAAAAUAUGCUGAACUUUGUCUUGUAAAAACAUCGCACCAGAUAUGUUUUGUAUAGUACUAGUCUGCAUGAGCUUCCUUCACGUUUGUUCUACACAGCUGCACUUUAAGAGAGAUUUUGUUGUCUUUAAUGGAUUAUUUGUGAUUCUUUAGAUGCGGAGGUUCAUCCCUACGUUCAUAAUUGUAAUAAUGGUUCUUUAAAAGCGCAUCACACAUAGCAGUUGCAUAUCCCUAUGCGCUAUAUGCGUUUUGUAUACAGAAGUUUG